AUGACUUCCCAGGAGAGCUCUUCGCGCUCGAUGCGCGCGUCGAAGCGCUACUCCGUUACCGCCCUAUACUUGUCCAUGAACGCGAGCCAAAAAGAUUUGGAGAUCGAGGACGACUUGGCGAGAGCGCAAAAAGCAUUAAGAGAAUUGAAAGCCCGGAUAUCAUCUCAGUCCAAAAAGAAUUUCGUGUUGGAGAAGGAUGUGCGAUAUCUCGACUCGCGAAUUGCUCUGCUCGUGCAGAAUCGCAUGGCUUUGGAAGAGAAAGAAGAGGUCGCCAGCCACUUGGACGACUCGGCCGACUUGACCGAAGGCACUUUUCCCAAUGAUGAAAAGACGCAAAAAUACGGCAAUCUGCUCUUUCUCCUGCAGAGUGAGCCGCGACACAUUGCACAUUUGUGUCGCCUGGUCACCAUGGCCGAAAUCGACCAGCUUCUGCAAACCGUCAUGUUUACCAUCUACGGAAACCAAUACGAGAGCCGAGAAGAGCACCUUUUGCUCACCAUGUUUCAGUCUGUCUUGACAUUUCAAUUCGAUAAUACCCCUGAUUAUUCUUCCCUUCUGCGAGCCAACACUCCUGUUUCACGAAUGAUGACCACCUACACCAGAAGAGGACCUGGUCAAAGUUACCUCAAGACUAUCCUGUCUGAGCGCAUCGCUUCAUUGAUCAGCAUCAAAGACCUCGACCUCGAAAUCAAUCCCCUCAAGGUUUACGAGGCGAUGAUUGACCAAAUCGAACGAAACGGCGGACAAGUGCCCGACAAUUUGCCAAAGGGCGUUACAGCCGAGCAAGCAGCUCUUAAUCCGACAGUCCAGUCAGUCAUCGGUCCGCGUAUUGAAAUGCUCAUUGAGAUUGCCACAUCUUUCUUGGACACGAUCAUUGAGGGUUUGGAAGAGACGCCAUAUGGAAUUCGAUGGAUUUGCAAGCAGAUUCGAAGCUUGACGAGGAGAAAAUACCCCGAUGCUCAGGAGCAGACAUUCUGUACCCUCAUUGGUGGCUUCUUCUUUUUACGCUUCAUCAAUCCGGCCAUUGUCACUCCCCGCUCGUACAUGCUCAUCGAACAGACCCCGGCCGACAACCCCAAGCGCACCCUCACGUACGUGGCGAAGAUGCUGCAGAACUUGGCCAACAAGCCCUCUUAUGCCAAGGAACCUUAUAUGCAGAAGCUCCAGCCCUUUAUUGAGGCAAACAAGGAGCGCAUCAACAAAUUCAUGCUGGACCUGUGCGAAGUGCAGGACUUUUACGAAAGUCUCGAAAUGGACAACUACGUCGCGCUAUCGAAGAAAGAUCUUGAGCUUUCGAUCACACUCAACGAAGUCUACGCCACUCACACUUUGAUCGAGAAGCACUACAAGGAGCUUGUCAAGGAUGACAACUCGCCUUUGAGUCAACUGCUUGGCGAAUUGGGUCCUGCUCCGCCUCAGCUGCCACGUAAGGAAAAUCGACACAUCAACCUUCCCCUUUUCAGUAAAUGGGAAACUUCUCUUGAUGACUUCACUGCUGCCAUGGAUAUCACACAAGACGAAGUUUUUUUCAUGGAGGCCAAAUCAACUUUUGUCAUGAUCAUGAGAUCCUUACCGACUGGGUCGCUCGUCAUGCGCCGACCUUUACACCUUAACCGAGUGGCAGAAGCUGCAGCCACGACUAAAAACGACUCAGUUAUGGUCCGAAAGGGCAUUCGCGCGAUGGAACUUCUGAAUCAAUUGCAGGAACUUGGCGUGAUCGAUCGUGAAGACGGCUUCGCGCUGCUUCGUGACGAAAUUGAACAGGAGCUCGUCCAUCUCGGCUCGUUGAAAGACAAGGUCCUUGCCGAGAGUCAGAAACUUGAGGAGGUCUUCCGCACCAUUCGUGAUCACAACACAUACUUGGUCGGCCAACUCGAGACCUACAAAAGCUACCUGCACAACGUCCGUGGCCAGUCCGACGGCACCAAUAAGCGCGGCCAAACCGUCAAGGUGCUCGGGCCGUACAAAUUUACCCACCAGGAACUGGAGAAGCAAGGCGUCAUUCAGAAAUCGAACGUUCCGGAGAACCGACGCGCCAAUAUUUACUUCAAUAUCACGAGUCCUAGUCCUGGUACUUUUGUCAUUUCGCUGCACUACAAGGGUCGAAAUCGUGGUCUGUUGGAACUGGAUUUGAAACUUGACGAUCUCCUGGAAAUGCAGAAGGAGCAACAGGAAGAUCUCGAUCUGGAGUAUGUUCAAUUCAAUGUGAGCAAGGUGCUGCAAUUGCUCAACAAACGAUUUGCGAGAAAGCGGACCUGA